UUGAAUAAUAUAUUAUAUUGUUAAUGUAUUUGCGUUUAACGUUUUGCGUGCAUUUAAAACAACUAGUGUUAUGCAGCUUAAUUAUGUGGGGCUUUCCACGCCAAUCCUUUUCAUUUUUCACGUAAAACCAGCUCCUAGCCUCCGACCCUACCCUUAUAUAUAUACAAACAAUUACCCUCCACCCGACCUCCAACCCAUAAAACCCAAAAACCAUAUCCCUAUAUAAUUCUUCACAAACCUCACAACCCUAACAACACCAACAAUGGCCCCGCCGGCGCCGGAGCCUCCCCUCCACGUCAUGCUCGUCUGCUUCCCCGGCCAGGGCCACAUCAACCCUUUCCUCCGCCUUGCCAACCUCCUCGCCUCCCACGGCCUCCGCGUCACCUUCACCAUCAACCUCUCCACCGCCCGCAAAAUGAAAUCCCUCCCCUCCUCCCAGUGUCGAAGUCAGGAGUUGAAAUUAGAGCCCAACACCUCCUCCUCCUCCCACUCCGGCGCCGCCGUCCACUUCGACUUCUUCGACGACGGCCACGACGAGGAGUCCAUCAAGCGGGUCCCACUCGACCAGCUCAUGACCCUCCUCGAACAAACCGGUCGAAAGGCCCUACCCGAAAUGGUCCGAAAAUACGCCGACCAAGGAUCCCCCGUGUCGUGCUUCGUCAGCAACCCGUUCCUCCCCUGGGUGUCCGACGUGGCAGCCACGCUGGACAUCCCCUGCGCCGUCCUCUGGAUCCAGUCCUGCGCCUCCUUCACAACCUACUACCACUUCCACAACAAACUCGUCGAGUUCCCGACUCCCGAGGACCAGGAACGCGACGUCGUUUUGCCCGGGAUGCCGGUCAUGAAGCACGACGAGAUCCCCAGCUUCCUCCACCCGACGACGCCGUAUGGGUUCCUCGCCACCGCGAUUCUCGGCCAGUUCGCCCACCUGGACAACGUGUUCUGCGUGCUGAUGGAGACUUUUGAGAGACUGGAGGAGGAAAUCAUCGGCCACGUGUCGAAAUUUUGUGAGGUGAGGCCCGUGGGCCCGCUCUGGCUUGGAGCUAAGGCUUCUGUUGGGCCGGGGGAUUUAAUGGAGGCGGAUGACGACUGUAUAGGGUGGCUGGACCGGCAGGAACCCGGCUCGGUCAUCUACGUGUCGAUGGGGAGCAUUGUGGGGAUGUCGGCCCAGCAGCGGGCCGAGAUGGCCCACGGGUUGAUGGGCUCGGGCCUGCCGUUUUUAUGGGUGGUCCGGCCCGGUCACGAGGAGGGUGAGGAUGCUGACUUGGGCCUGCCUGAGGGGUUGGGGGAGAGGGGGAAGGUGGUUAGGUGGGCCCCGCAGGAGGCGGUGCUGGGACACGUGGCGGUGUCCUGCUUCGUGACGCACUGCGGGUGGAACUCGACGCUGGAGGCUAUCGGGAGCGGGAAGCCCGUGGUGGCAUUUCCGCAGUGGGGGGACCAGGUGACGGACGCGAAGUUUCUCGAGGAGGUUUUUCGAGUCGGGGUGAGGAUGGGACGGGGGGACACGUGGACGAAGCUCGUUACGAGGGAAGAGGUGGAGAGGUGUCUGAGGGAGGUCACGGUGGGCCCACGGGCGGAGGAGAUGAGGGAGAACGCGGUGCGGUGGAAGAGAGAGGCGGAGGCGGCGGUGGAGGAAGGAGGGUCGUCGGAGAGGAACGUGAGGGAGUUUGUGGAGGAGGUGAAGAAGAAGAGUGUGGAGAUGACUAGGAGGAAGACCGAAACGACGACGUUUUAGUGGCCCGCAUUGCGAAAGGUAGAGCCAAUAAAUGGAGUACACGUGUAUGAUGAUUUUAGCCAUUUGAUUUGGCUGUCUAAAAUAAGGGAUUUGGUUAUUUGUUAAAUGAAGGUAUUAAGCUUAAUUUUAACUGUUACUUGACUAUAUGUGAAUUUCAAGUACAUAUUGAGAGAGAAUGAUUUUAAAUUCUCUUCACACAAAAAAUGACAUGUUUGUAAAUUUCUUAAUUUUCAGUUACUA